CCCCCCCCCCGACGUCACGUCUGGAGGCUGGCUGCUCCUAGUCUGUUCACCUCCAACAGAGGAACUUUCCUGGAGUUCUCGGAGAUCUGCAGAAGAGCAGCUCGGCCUUCAGGAGACGUAGAGCGGAGCGACGACCACCGAGGAGCGCUACACGGUACCCGCCUGGUUUUUAUAUUAUUCACCAGCCGUUACUGCAUUACCAUACCGGGAGGAGGUACAUACAGGAAUAUGCUCAGGAAUAUAACCGUUUUCCUCACGCGUAAGAAGUAAAGUCUCGGACAUAUUUUUUCCCCAAAACUUAAAACAACUCAGUGUUCGGUGUGGAUAUGGCUUGGAUUAGAUGCGGCCUGCUGUUCUCUCUGGGUCUGUUCCUCUCCCCGGUGUGUGUGCCGGCGGGGCAGCGCGGCUUCAGGCGGCUGUACGUGCUGCAGCCCGGCCCGGGAGCCGGCGGCCCGGCGCGGCUCAGCUCCAUCUCCACGCGUCACGGCACGGCGGGGCACACAUACAACGUGGAGCUCAGCGCGGAGCUCGGCGGCCCGGUGCGGACCCGCAGGAUGGGGAACCAGGCGGACUCCGGUCCCGGCGGGCAGAGCCAGCAGCAGACCGUGAAGCUGUCUGGGGUGAACGUCUGUGGAGGGAUGUGCUGUCACGGAUGGGCCAAAACUCAGGGGUCCCAGCGGUGCACAAAACCCAACUGCAGCCCUCAGUGCCAGAACGGUGGAAUGUGCCUCCGGCCUCAGCUCUGCGUCUGCAAACCUGGCUCAAAGGGGAAUGCAUGCGAGCAGCAGACGGUGCCCACACACCCCUUCCCUCUGCCGGGGAGUGGACCCACCAACGGGCACGGCACUGGCUCCUCAAACGGGCACACGUAUGGACACAAUGGGGUUCCCCACCGGCCCAUACCUCAGCAGGCUGCUCCCAGUGGUUACGCCCCCCUUUCAUCUAACACCAUGGCCCAGAUGAAACUAAGUGUCAAGCCAGCCCCCCAGCAUGUACGGCCACAUUACGUCCAACAACAGAUCCGGCCCAUCCCCAUGCACCCAGGUCAAAGCCAGCAGUAUGUUAUAAAGCCCAAAUACUACCACACACACACUACACACACACAGACACGUGUCCAAUCCCAACCUGAGAGGCCCAUCCCCCUGACCGUGGGACACAACCCCAUCCACGUGGGCAACCAUACAGGGAGGAUCAAGGUGGUCUUCACACCCACCAUCUGUAAACUAACCUGCAUCGGAGGAAGAUGUCACAACAACUGUGAGCUGGGAAACACCACCACCAUCAUCAGUGAGAACGGCCACGCCACCGACACCCUGACAGCACCCAACUUCAGAGUAGUUGUGUGUCACCUGCCCUGUAUGAAUGGGGGGAAGUGCAGCACCAGGGACAAGUGUCAGUGCCCCCCCAACUUUACCGGGAAGUUCUGCCAGAUGCCCGCUCGGAGCGGCCAGCAGCAGCCGGCGGGGGGGUACAGCCAGACCCAGGUCCACUCCACACACACCCUGCCGCUGACCUACAGCAACGGACAGAACCCUGUGUUCAACCCCAGCAUCGUGAACAUCCACAUCAAACACCCCCCAGAGGCCUCGGUCCAGGUGCACCAGGUGUCUCAGCUGGAUAACUACCACAACAACGGGCAGCCUCUGAAGGGGUCCCGCUCCAGCUCCUCUUCCUCCUCCAGCUACACCUACCGCCACACGGAGAGCAGCCAAAACAUCCAGCACCACGGCUACAACAUUGUGUACCCCAGCCAGCACGCACACCAGGUCCCCCAGUACCAGCCCGUCACCUCCAAGAACACUCUGGGGCGCUGCUUCCAGGAAACAGCAGGCAGUCAGUGUGGGAAGGCUCUGCCAGGCCUCACUAAGCAAGAGCAGUGCUGCCAGACUAUCGGGACGUCCUGGGGAUUCCACAAGUGCCAGAAGUGUCCAAAGCAACCAUCUAUUCCUCUGAUAGAUUGUCCUCACGGUUACAGGAGAAUCAACAGCUCCCAUUGCCAAGAUGUAGACGAGUGCCAGCUGCAGGGUGUGUGUCCCAAUGGAAACUGUCUGAAUGCUGUGGGGAGCUACAGGUGCACAUGCAAACCAGGCUUCGUCCCCGACUCCACGCUCACCACUUGCAUAUCCAACACCCCUGCCAUCCCAGAGGAAAAGGGGGCUUGCUUCCGCUUGGUCAGCUCAGGGAGGCAGUGUUUGCACCCAGUGUCCACCCAGCUGAGCAAACAGCUCUGUUGCUGCAGUGUGGGCAAAGCCUGGGGCCCUCGCUGUGACAAAUGCCCCCCUCCAGGAACAGCUAAGUUCAAAGGCAUCUGUCCCGGUGGGAUGGGGUACACUGUUCUACCCAAUCCGCCUGUCAAUAAGCCAAUCACCAUCAACCAGGAGCCCAUUGAGAUUCCUCCUCAGCCCCUGCCCACCCAAGAGAGACCAGUGGAGGCCUUUGGGAAGCCAGAAGAGUUUAUACCAGUAGCAACAACUGCACCAGAGCAGGAGCUGCUAGUUCCUGUUAGAGAUAGGCCAGUAGUUGAGCCCAUCCUGCCCCAGCUGUCUCCGGGUGUUUCCACUGUCAAGAUGGAGGCAGCCUACCCAGAGGUUGUUGAGAGGAGCUCUCCGCCCGCCCCAGUGGAGAUCCUCCCGUCUAACGCCGGACAGGGCAUCGCUCCCACACAGUCCGCUGAGGUAGACGAGUGCCAGAUCAGCCCUUUCAUCUGUGGCCAGGGGAUCUGCUACAACACAGCGGAGGGAUACACCUGCCACUGUGAUGAGGGGUACCACCUGGAUGACGCCCAAACCACCUGUGUAGAUGUAGAUGAGUGUUUGGAGAGCCCGCCCUCUUGUGUUGGCGGUCGCUGCGAGAACACAGAGGGCAGUUUCCUGUGUGUGUGUCCGGAGGGAUUCCUCGUGGAUGAAGAGGGGACUAGUUGUUUAGAUCUAGAUGAGUGCCAGGACCAGCGGACCUGCACCCGGGGCCACUGCCAGAACACCGAGGGGUCCUUCCUCUGCCACUGUGGCCCCGGCUUCAGAGGGUCUUUGGCUGGAGACGAUUGUGAUGAUGUGGAUGAGUGUUUAGAAGAAGCCCGGCCCUGUGAGUCCGGGGGGGAGUGUGUGAACAACAUGGGGUCCUACACCUGCUCCUGCCCCCGGGGGUACCGGCAGGUCAACGGCACCCGCUGCUCAGAUGUUGAUGAGUGUGUGGAUGAACCAGAGCUCUGCUCCCCCCACGCGGAGUGUCUCAACACAGAGGGGUCCUAUCUGUGUGUGUGUGAGAGCGGGUUCAGUGCCAGCAUCCACACGCCCUCCUGUGACGAUAUCGAUGAGUGUGGGCUCAACGACACUCUGUGUGGCCCUCACGGCUUCUGUGAGAACCGGUUGGGGUCUUUCCGCUGCCUCUGUGAGCAGGGCUACCAGGAGGCCCCGGGGGGCCAGGGCUGUGUGGAUGUGAAUGAGUGUGAGCUGCUGAGCAGUGUGUGUGGAGAGGCCCAGUGUAAGAACACUGACGGAUCCUUCCACUGCGAGUGUCCCAGCGGACAGGACUACAAUGUGAUGAUCGCCAAGUGUGAGCCCGUUCCCACAGUUUCCUCAGUGGAGCGUAAGGAGUGCUACUACAAUCUAAACAAUGAGAAUCUGUGUGAGAACGUGCUGACCAGCCACGUCACCCUGCAGGAGUGCUGUUGCACCCUGGGAGCUGGGUGGGGGGACAACUGUGAGGUGCACCCCUGUCCUGUCAAUGGCACAGACCAGUUCAAUCAGAUGUGUCCGUCUGGAAGAGGUCUUAUUCCCAAUGGAGACUUAUUGUAUGGGGUACCCACAGCUGGCAGCUACAAAGACGCAGAUGAGUGUGCGCUGUUCGGCCAGGAGGUGUGUAAAGGAGGCUUCUGUUUGGACACGGUGGGCAGCUAUGAGUGUUACUGCAAGACCGGACAGGACUACGACCCUGCCAGACUGGAGUGCAGAGACAUCGAUGAGUGUCAGGAUGAGUCGGUGUGUGCUGAUGGAGAGUGUAUGAACACAGACGGCUCAUACAUGUGUUUCUGUACACACCCCAUGGUGCUGGACCCCAACUCCAACCGCUGCGUCUUCCCCCCUGAGGAGGCUGAGGAACAGGAGGCGGCCCAGCUGGUAGACUACCAUGGUGGAGUGUGCUGGCAGGCGGUGACAGAGUCCAUGACGUGCACGCGCCCGCUGGCUCCACACAUCGAUACCACAUACACAGAGUGCUGCUGUCUGCACGGGGAGGCCUGGGGCAUGGACUGUGCCCUGUGCCCCCCCAGAGACACAGAGGAUUAUGCGUCCAUGUGUAACCUCGGCUGGCGGCGGGCGUACGGUCGCGAUGCGCUUGUUGCCGGCCCGGUCCAUGAAUAUGAAGUGGACUCUGACUACUCCCCGUCCCCUGAGCAGGAGGGGGCCCUGCCUUUUUAUGAGAACGAGGAACUUCCGUUUAAGGCCUUUGAGGGUCUGCGGGCAGAGGAGUGUGGGAUCCUGAACGGCUGUGAGAACGGGCGCUGUGUGCGGGUUCAGGAGGGCUACACCUGCGACUGCUUCGACGGAUACACCCUGGACCUGUCCCGCAUGGCCUGUGUCGAUGUGAACGAGUGCUCGGAGCUAAACAGUAGGAUGUCACUGUGUAAAAAUGCAAAGUGCAUUAACACAGUGGGUUCUUAUCAGUGUGUGUGUCUGCCGGGCUUCACUUCCUCUGAGAAACCCAACUACUGUGUGGAGGCAGCAACACACCGAACAACACACACAGCGAGCAGGAACCGACACUAGGGGGCGCCAAGAGACACUAAAACACACGCACAAGCUUGUAUUACUAUACUUGUGAAGACACCCUCUGACAUUCAGCCACUGCUAAAUCUUUAACACCAACCUAGAAGGGAAACUCCCUGCUCUGGUUAAAUUAGGCAGGAAACACCUCACAGCUGCUCAUCUAGUGACCACGAGGAAAACUUUUGAUUCAACUUAUAAAAAAAUCAGGGUGUUUCCCUUUAAACUGUAAAACAUAUAUGUUAAAUCUUUGCCCAAAAUCAAUUUACCUCAAAAACAUUCAACUUUGAAGUUACUUUAGAAUCAACCCAAUCCUAACACAGAACUUACUCCAUAAUUUGGAAACAAAUCCACAGCAGCUGUUUACCAGUGUCAUGUAUUUUUACUAAUGUCCCUUUACUACACCAUUGAUUUUCUUUUCAGUACUUUUUGUAGUUUUACAAUGUGGAGAUUUAAUAUUUUAAAUAACCCUUCCUAAAUAUUAUAUGUAUUCCUGUUACUAAUGCUUCAUUUUGUAGAAAUCAUAAAAGCAUGACUUUCGAUGGAUGUUCACAGACUACACUGUUAACACUGAAGCUUGCCUCACUGUCUUUGGUUAAAGGAAUUUAAGAUUUUAGGACAUAAUGAGUUCUUUCCAAGAGUUGGAUGGGAGAUUUCACGCCUGUAUACAGCUGGCUUACCCUGAAAACUGGAAGCAGCACCAUACAACAUCUAGUAAUAUAUCCAAGAGAAAUAUUAAGAAGGAUGUAGGGUACAUGUCAUUGACAGCUUAUUUCAUUCCAAUAGUUUUAAGGGCAUUAUGUAUGAUAUUCCGACAUGUAAAAUGGAAAACUAAAAUGUAGUGUUGCAGGUAGUAAAUAUGAAGAAAUUGAUUCACAUUCUUAUCACUAGAGGCCUUCUGCUAGAGCUUUAAAGGUUCUAAAUUCCACAUUCAGAGCAUCAAUUGUAAAGGUAUGUAAGGGAUAAUGUGCAGCAAGGCGGUCAUUAAUGAAAAACCUAUUUUUUCAUUAAAUAACAUAUUGCAUUGUAUUGUAUUAUCGUAAAAUGAUCGUAUUGCUUCCGCUCUGUGUUCCCUUAAAUGUUUACUUCCUUUUUGUCUUCUUCUGUUGAUUUCGCUGACGUCUAACGCUCUGUCUUUUAACCUCUUUCCUUCUCUCCCUUGAUCCACCUUAGCAACGUUGACGUUAUGCUUAGCAGUAAUGUGUUAUAGAGUAUUAACAACCUCUGAAAUGUCCAAAUUGCUCAGAGUCCAGUAUUCACCUACUGUAAGCCGUGUAAUCAAAAGCUAUAUAGCUAUAGUGCAGCAGGAACGAGCACAGAUCGAACUCAAAGGGGGCCUGAGCACCCGCCUUUUUGCCCUCAAAUUACAAGAGUCCUUUUUCAAAUGGACUUUAUUUUACAAACAGUACAUUUCUGUUUGCGCACAUGUAACCCAGGUAACAAAGAGUUAACCACACAGAAGUGAAUUUGCACAUCGUUGUAAAGAGUGCUCUUUAAUGAAUAAGGUUCCCUCUGACAUCCUCUGCACGCUCCUGAGGAGAAGUGAGCAGAGAAUUACGUCCUUCUUCCUCUGCUGUUGUCGUAAUCUGAGCUUCUGUGUUUGUGUUGCUUGCAUAGUUAGUGCAUGUGAGUCCCUGUGUGGGUGUGUGUGUGUCCCUGUCCCACUGGCAGGGUCCAUGUGCUCUGAAUUUGGAAUUUAGCUCCUUUAAAGAAUCCUUAGAAAUGUUUCUGAAGCAUAUUUAUAGUCGUCCCUGAGUAACUAACCUCUCACGUCCCUUCACAUAUGAUGAAAUAUCAGAAUAUAUAAUAAUCAGCCUUUUCUUUCUUACUUAACAUAACAUUUGAUUGAUUUCCUGAAUCCCUAAUUUUAAUGUAUGUUUAUUUUGGUGUUUGGAUUUAAAAUUAUGUUUGUACUUGUUAACAUUAAGCAGAUGGCAAAUGCUUAAUUGUAGCCAAACAACUUUUAACUUUUAUUUUACAUGUCGAAUGACAAUCUCACAGAGGGGUGGAUCUACGUGUUUGUCUUCCAGAGCUUUAUCACUGCUUUUAUCCUUGAGGAGACAUUUGGUCCUUAAAAGUAUAGAAAUACAACAAACACACAUACACACACAUGAAUUAACGCCCAUAUACUCUGCACUGUAUAAGAUACACACUACAUGAAACAAACAGUUAUGUACUUGAGAUGAAGAUUCAGCUUAAUCUACUAUGUGGUGCCGAUGUGGGGAUAGAAACAGAAUUGUAUGAAAUGUAUGUUUUGUCUGGUAUUUUUCUAAGUUUGUUUCUCUACUUUAAGUGGUCUUUCAUGUGUAAAGGCCUUUUUACUCAUUUAACGUAUUGACAAACCCAUUGGACUCGUGCUGGGGGAUCCAGUAGUUAUUUUGUACCCAGUCAAAGUGACUGUGGAUAUUUAAUUCUGUGAAGAGGCCGACUGUGGCUCCCUCUCUUCCUCCACUGCCAUCCCUGUGUCUGCCUUAAAGAAAAGCUUGCUUCUACACUACAGCACCACCAAAUCAUGCUACAUGCACAUUUUCAAUGUUCUAAAGAAGGUUUCUCCUGUAAAGCCUUUGAAAUAAGUAAGAUUCUUACUAAGAACUAAAAGGCUUUCCUGCUUUUUCUUUUUCUUCUCCAUUCCUUCGUAUGUUGAACUGACUGAAAUGCAUUUUUAUUUUUCGUACUUGUCGUUUUACUGCAAAGUCUUGCCAGGUUGUAAAGCUGCUAUGGGACAGCGAUGGGAGAGAAGAAACUUGUGUACAUUUAAACAAAAGAGUGGAGAAAACAACUGUAUUUGUAAUUUGUACAUGAAUAAAUAGCUUUUUCUAUUAAUUCAUAUUACAGUGUACAUUAAACCCCUUGGUAAUAAACCACCAAUUGUGAUAUUUG